AUGGAAGAAUUUCCAACAACUCAAAAUGCUCAACUUAUAGAAAAUCCAGGGACUUUACCAGAAACGUACGCUUCCGGUAUUGUUACCGCUACUCCACUGACCGACGCGAUUUUAAAUGCAUCGAUAGAACACGAUCAUUUUUAUCAAAAACCUACGCCCGAUACAAGCGGGCAGGAAAUCUUGUUAAGCCUUUUAACGGACUCUUUACCAUCACAGCAAAGAGUUUCCGUGAAUAAGGAAUGGAGCAAGGAUUAUCUUAAUCGCCUCACCUCACUUUCCCUCGAAUCUCUCAAACACGAGCCAACCUUGGUUAAAGAUGAGGAGUUAAAAAUACAAAAAGAGUUGGCCGAACUAUCUUUUCGAGAGUAUAAAUCGUGUAUUCAUGCGAAUUCUUGUUCAAUGAAAAUUGAUUCAUCUCUUGAUAGUUUGAGUGUUCAUUUGUCGGAAUUAAUAUUCGCAAUCCCAUCCUUAGAGAACGUAUGCACCUCUUUUUCACGGCAAACGACACAGAUAUCAGAACAACGCAACAAAAUUAAUACAAUAUUAGAACAGCACGACAGUUUAUUAGAAAUCUUGGAAAUUCCACAAUUAAUGGAAAUAUGCGUUCGAAGCGGACUAUAUUCCGAGGCCAUGGAUCUAUCUGGUUACGUUACUGGUCUCAUUUCAAAAUAUCCCGCGAUUCCGUUGAUUAAGCAUAUCGAGCAAGAAGUUAAACAGACGACGCAGAUAAUGUUAUCGAAGCUUAUCACGCUCUUGAGUCAACAAAUAAAACUGCCAGGUUGUUUAAAAGUAAUUGGAUAUCUAAGACGUAUGGAGGCUUUUGAUGAAGCUGAGUUACAAUUGGUGUUUUUGCUUUCCAGAGACACGUACCUGCAAUCAUUGAUUAGAUCACUCGAGAAAGAAAAAAGGGAUCCUGUUCACUAUUUGAGGAAAUAUAUUGACACUUUUAGGGAACAUUUCUUUGACAUUGUCACACAAUAUAGAUCCAUCUUUUCGGACGAUGGCACAGGAGUGACACCUGUUUAUUCAUCUUUCACGAUCCCUUCACCGCCAUCGCAAUGGAUGUCAAAUGAACAUUCGUCGAGCAGACAUACUAUACAUGCAACGACCGUUUUUUCAGAUUAUACAAUUCAUGUUCUCGAACAGUUGACUUCUGCACUUGCCGAGUUUACACCUUUAAUCUCGGAUACAUCAUCUCUCUCGUCCAUUCUAAUCCAACUCAUGUACUGUGGUAUGUCACUCGGUCGAGUGGGAAUUGACUUCAGACAUUUAGUGACCGGGUACCUUGAGACGGCCGUCAACGGAAUAAUAUCAAAAAUGAUUACUGACGGAACUCAGGAGUUUUGUGAUGAUUUACAACAGGCCAUUAAUGAUGUUGACCUACCAGGAACGUGGAUGGUGGGUGAUAAGAAGUCUAUGAACCUUUCGGACUUAAAAUCACCAUCAAACACAUCUCCAACAUCAGCGCUUCCGUCAUCGUCAUUUACACCAUUGGUUAUUCUUUUGGAUUACCCUCCUAUUGCUUAUUUGACUAACGCCUAUUUAUCGGCGUUCAAUUCCCUGCGUUUGGUGGCACCUGUUUCAUUGUUUUAUGUGCUAGGUGAACGACUUUCGCAAAAUCUCUUGUUGAUUACCAACUUACUAAGAGAUUACGGGAAUACCCUUGUCGAACAUAAUCAUGAUAUUACAAUACUUCUCGGAUUUAAUGCCAUGUUCGCUCAAAGUUUUGUACCUUUUAUUUCAAGAUGUUUUGUCGAAGGUGUAUAUGGAGGGAUGUUGGGUGAUGGCGUUGCAAAUCAAGUUGAAAUUAUAGACAGACUCAAAAUCUUGGAUAUUCUUGGGGACUUUUUACCAACCCCUACGAAGGUUUCGGCAUCUCUCACUGCAAACGUUGAUGCUACUGAAGGUGAGGUAGAAGGAGAUAUUUCUGAUAAAGGAGAAUAA